AUGUCAGACCCUAAGGGAUACACUGUGGGCUGGAUAUGCGCUUUGCUGGUGGAAUAUAUUGCCGCACAGGAACUUCUCGACGAAGAGCAUGAAAAACCGAGCUUCGUGUCGCCACACGAUGACAAUGACUAUACACUGGGCAAGAUGGGCGAACAUAAAGUUGUUAUUGCUGUCUUGCCUGAUGGUGAAUAUGGAACUGCCUCCGCCGCCAACGUAGCGACAAACAUGCUGAACAGUUUUCACAACAUCAGGAUCGGCCUGAUGGUCGGCAUCGGAGGAGGUGUACCAAGCGAAAGCCAUGACAUUCGUUUGGGCGAUGUUGUGGUCAGUGCUUCCCGUGAUAACGGGGGUGGUGUUUUCCAGUACGACUUUGGGAAGUCGACCCAAGACCAAUGUUUUCAUUAUAUGCGAUUCUUGAACCAGCCACCAACUACGCUUCGCACUGCGAUGGCAGGGAUACAGGCACUGUACAAAAGAAAAGGGCAUCAACUGCAGGGAACGGUCGAUAGCAUUCUCGACAAGAACUCAAGACUCCGCGGCGAGUACCAGCGACCGCCACACGAUACGGAUAAGCUAUUCAAAGCUGAAGUGAUACACGGCCUAGGAGACUGUGGUUUAUCAUGUGCGGAUGAUCCGUCAAAGUUAGUACUUCGAUGUGAACGGGCUAAGGAUGAAGACAAUCCUACUAUUCACUAUGGACUGAUUGCUUCUGGUAAUCAGCUGAUGAAAGAUGCUUUGAUAAGAGAUAGACUUGCAGCGGAAAAAAACGUUCUUUGUUUCGAAAUGGAAGCCGCUGGACUGAUGAACACUUUCCCGUGUCUCGUUAUUCGUGGUAUUUGCGACUACUCCGACUCGCACAAAAACAAAAGAUGGCAAGGCUAUGCAGCGAUGGUGGCGGCUGCAUACACAAAAGACCUCAUACAGAGGAUUCCUCUAAACCGAAUUGAGGCCGAGGAAAGGAUCAGUGACCUUAUAGCCAGUUAG